AGAACGGGAGAGAGAGGGGUCGAGGGAGGGAUGGGGUCGAGGGAUCAUCCGCCUCAGGGCAACCUGAGCAGCAUGGUGGUCGGUCCGGCGGAGCCCGUCGGAAGUGGCGGUGCCGACUUCGAGGCCGGCGAAGUCCGCCGGGAUCGCGAGCAGUACUACUCCCGUUCCGAGAGGUUCUCGGAAAGACAAGGAUAUGGAAUUCGUGCAGGUUCAGGGUCACCUUUGCGCCACAGAAAGGUAGAUCGCUGCUAUGAUACUGAAUUUGAUCAUGGGGAUGCCCCUCAUCGCAGCCAUGGUGGAUUUAGGGGUGGUAGGGGCCCAGGCAGGUUUCGGGAGUUUUCACCCCCAUAUGGUCGAGGUAGAGGUGGCAGGUCAUUUGGUAGAGGUCUAGAUGGGCUGGAUUUUGGUGUUUCAUCAUACCGAGGUGAAGGAAUGAGCAGAAAUAAUCCAAAUGUGCCUCCAAGAGUGGGAGACUGGAUUUGCAGUGAGCCCUCGUGUGGUAAUCUUAAUUUUGCACGGAGGGCAUACUGCAACAACUGCAAUAAGCUUCGCAGGGACAUGGCUCCGUUUGGGCCUCUAGGAAGUCCCAGAGGAGAUUAUCCAGCUGGGCCACCACACCCUCAUAGUCUGCCCCCACAUGUUGGUGGCCCGCCAAUGGAUCGUGGUCCUGGAAGGGAAAUUAAUGGCUAUGGAUCGCCACCUCGUGGUUGGAGCAGAGAUGGUUUCAGAGAGUUUGUCGAUGGUAUGCCACCCCCUAGGCAUGGGGAAAGACUUCCGGAUCAUCGCAUGGGGAGGGAGUUCAGGGAUCGAUCAGACUAUCAUCAUCUUGAGAAUGAAUAUAGAGGGAGGGGGAGAUUUGACGGAAGCCCUCGUGAAUGGCGACAUGGAAUGGGCGGCAGGUGGCGUGGAAGAGAUGAAUUUCAUGAGAGGGAUGAAUUCUUUGAUGACAGAAGAGAGGUUUAUGGUCGGGGUGGCAGAAGGGCACCAUCCCCACCAUCAUUACCGGACCGCUGGGUCCGGGACUCAAGGGUACGCAGCAGGUCACCCGUAAGGGGUAUGAAGGAGUACAAUGGAGAUCCUUUUGUUGGAAGAGGUAGGGAAGACAGGCGAGGCAUCGGCAGAGAUAGAAUCAACAAUUCAUCUUACUAGCAAGACACCAUGCCUUCCAAAAGAACUUCACAAAGUUUUACGCAGAUGUCCAUUUUAUAAUCGUAUGUAAUGCUUUUGAUAUGUCGUCACUGAACUGAGCCUUUUUUGUGAAACAUAUUUUUCUUUGCUACCGUAGGAUUCUUUUAUAGUUUCACGAGGAAAGGUCAUGCUCCGAGUUGCUCAUUUCACCUUUUUCUAUUGGCUAUUGGUAUUUCUAUACCUUUGUGAAAGCUUUUGUGGCUCAGAUGUAAAGGCUGAGACACAACACUUUAAAUGGUGUUUACUAAACGGUCAGGUUCAGUUUCA